AUGUUUUCAGCUGCGAGAGCAGGCGUGCAGCUAUUGAGGACGCACUCGGCGUCGAGCACCUCGCUCUCGCGCAUUGCUGGUCUAAAGCGCCAUUAUGCUGCAGAAACACAGCCUAGUAACAUCAACGAAGCCCUUGCUCGUACCUCCGCACUCUUCAAAACAUACAAACCUGUAACUCCAGGUAUCCGACAUCUUCGGCGACCACUUAACGAUCAUCUAUGGGCAGGCCGACCAAUAAAAGCUCUUACUAUUCCGCUAAGGAAGAAGGGUGGACGGAAUAACCAAGGUCGUAUCACUAUACGACACCGUGGAGGCGGUCACAAACGACGGUUACGUACAGUCGAUUUCAUGCGCGCCGACGGGGGCCCUCAAGAUGUUAUUCGCAUAGAAUAUGACCCCGGACGUUCAGGACAUAUCGCACUCAUACGUGGAAGGGAUGCAAAUGCCAAUGGAGGCAUGCGCUACUGCUACAUUCUCGCGCCUGAAGGUCUCAGAGCUGGGGACGUUGUACAAAGCUUCAGGAACGGUAUCCCCAAAGGAACUGUACCAGGCUUUGACGGGAACUUGAAUGCGUCAUUUGCAAUACAGGAGGAUGGCACAACUUCAAAACAGACGACUACUCAGUCCCUCACUAUCGGCUUACUCCGAGCUGCCACUGUCCGUACCGGAAACGUUCUUCCUCUCAAGCUCAUUCCACCAGGAACCCCGAUCCACUGUAUCUCGCUCUUUCCCGACCGCCGAAUGACAUUGGUUCGCUCGGCGGGUACAAGCGCGACGGUCGUAACCCACGAAGAAGACGGGAGGUACACACAAGUUAAACUACAAAGCGGCGAAGUACGAAAAGUGCUACAAAGCUGUUGCGCAACGAUUGGAAAAGUCAGCAAUCCACUACAUAGAUAUCGUUCACUAGGAAAAGCAGGUCGGAAGCGAUGGCUCGGCAGAAGACCUCAUGUUCGAGGUACCGCAAUGAACAGGGUUGAUCACCCACAUGGAGGAGGUCGUGGAAAGUCCAAGGGGAACAAGCAUCCACGUUCAAUUUGGGGAUGGCUCACAAAGGGCAAGCGUACCAGGCGUCCUGGUCCAAAAGGUCCAAAGGGCAGUAAUAAGAUGGUGAUCAAGGAACGUCCGCGGGGCAAGGAGAAGAGGCAAUAGUUGAUCUGCGAUUGAAUAUUUGGGAUAUGUUCCAGCUAUUCGCGUAUAAUUACAAUGUUCGUUGUAAAAAUGGGGUUCAACAUUUUGACCUGACACAGAUUAUUCUUCGACCUCUCCUUCGUCAUCGUCGUCAUCUUCCUUCUGUCCUUUCUUAGGUUCCUUUGCAUUUUCCAAUGCCCCCACCGCAUCUCUCCAUGCAGUUAAAUCCGCACCAAUUUGUGCCUUUGCCUGCAGUGUGACAUCACGUAGUGACUUGUAAAAUUCUUGCUGCGAUCCGCCACGUGUGGCUGAAUACUCAUGCGACUUCGACGGCUGGUGAGAGUCGGGUAUCUGAGUCCCUGCUGGGGGCUUGAGGUCGU